CUAUAUUUUGUUCUCAUUCUAUUCAAAUAGUAAACAAAUUGAAGGCCAAUAAUUCACAAUCUCAAGGCAAAAUUUCCUUUUCUUUUCAUUAUUUUUCUCCCUGUGUGAUUUUGUAUAUUGUACAUUUGUACUGCUAAUCUUUCUCUUCUCUGUUUCCAGCGAUUUGAAACAGUGCAAAAGGAUGCUCCUCCUGCUCCCCUGACCUCUCCCUCUCUGCAUCUCUGCACAUUUUCAGAGAAAAAAGUGAAGUCCCCAAACACCAAAAAACCAGAAACCGAAACCCUCUCUACCCUCUUUCCUUUCAAUUUCCUUUCUUCUCGAGAAAUUCAAACCACAAACCCAAAAGGCAGCAACUUGUAGACUGUAGUAGUAGUAGUAACCAUUAGCCAAAAUUUACUGACCCAGCUCAGCUCCAUCUCAAAUUUUCAAUCUUUUCUCCAAACCCACCUCCUCAAUCCUUCUUCAAGACCUCCAAACCCCACCACCAUGAUACGAUAGAACAGAGAAGAAAAGGGAAGAAUUUGUUUUCCGAAAAUGGGUUUCCCCUCGAAACCCUUGUUCUACAUUCUUCAUCUCCCUCCCAUCUUCCUCUUCCUCCUCCUCCUCUUCUCCACAAACCCAACUCAAUCCGCUCCAGAUUACACCUCCCUAGUCUACAAGGGCUGCUCAAAGGAAGCUUUCCAAGAUCCAACCGGCCUCUACUCACAAGCCCUCUCAGCACUCUUCGGCACUCUAGUCCAACAAUCCACAAAAUCCAAAUUCUUCAAAACCACCACGGGGACAGGCCAAACCACAAUCACCGGCCUCUUCCAGUGCAGAGGCGACCUCUCAAUCGGCGACUGCUACAAAUGCGUGAGCGGCCUCCCCGUCCUGACCGACAAAAUGUGCGGCAAGGCCAUUGCUGCCCGCGUCCAGCUCUUCGGCUGCUACAUUCUCUACGAGGUUGCUGGGUUCACUCAGGUCUCGGGGAUGGAGAUGCUGUUCAAGACCUGCGGCCGCUCCACCGCUGCCGGGAGUGGGUUUGAGGAGAGAAGGGACACUGCCUUGUCUGUUCUUGCUAAUGGAGUGGCGAGUGGGCAUGGAUUCUUCACUACGAGCUACCAAUCGAUGUAUGUUUUGGGGCAGUGCGAGGGAGAUAUUGGGGAUUCGGAUUGUGGGGAGUGUGCCAAGAGUGCUGUACAGAGAGCUCAGGUGGAGUGUGGGAAUGCAAUCUCUGGCCAAAUCUAUCUUCACAAGUGCUUCAUUAGUUAUAGCUAUUACCCCAAUGGGGUUCCCAGGAGGUCUUCGUCAUCUUAUGGUUCACCUUCAUCAGGGACAGGGCAGAACACAGGGAGGACGGUGGCUAUAAUAUUAGGAGGGGCUGCAGGAGUGGGGUUCUUGGUGAUCUUCCUCAUGUUUGCAAGAAAUCUGCUGAAGAAACAUGAUGAUUAUUGAGAAACAAAAAAAAAAAAAGAGAAGGGAGGCUGGUGGUGGUGAAGAAGGGACCUAAAUGCAGAUUGGGGAGGAGGCAUCAACAAUUCUUUUGUUUUUGGAAGAAGCUUGGUGGGAUUGGUUCUUGUGGUGGAGAGGGGGAGGAUGCACAAGUUUUUGUAGAGUUAGGAUUGAGUUAUCAUCAAUUGAAAGGGGAAGGGUAAGUAUUAUGUGAAGGGAGGAAGCAAUUAGGCCAUGGGAAUUACAAAACAAAGCAAAAGAAUGUCUGUGGUAAUAUUGAAUAUAUAUUUUUAUUAGAGAGGGGACUUGGGUAAUGGAGUUUUUUUGCAGCAUCAAGGAAAGAGAGGCAUGUGGGUGGUGGGAAGAUGAAGAAAAGAGGAGGAUGCUUGUUUUGUUGUCUCUUCUCUUUGCUCUUUUUCUCCAAACAGACUGAUGCUGUUCUGUUUUGCUUCCUGGCUUCCUUGCUUCUCUGUCUAUUCUUUUCUUUUCUUUCUUCCCCUCCCACAUCUCCUUAGCUAUGCUUUUCUUCUCUCAGAAAGUUGUAAACAGGAAAACCCACUUUUCCUUCCUUCCUUCCUUCCCCUCCCUCCCCUUCACCUACUACAGAAACAAGAUGUCAUCAAUCAAUCAAAUGCAUACAUGAACUGCUAUUUGGUGCCCGAUUAACACAACGUGAUUUCGUCAAAGACGACAAAUUUCGAUCCAUGAAUGCUCAACCGAGUGGUUAAGAUCAAUCUACAGCACCUGUUAGCAGCAGCCAUAAGAGGGAGCAGGCAUGUGUGCUUGCUCACAUGGGAUGUGCGUCAUUUUGGGAUUUGGGAUUAGCCAUACUCACAUCGAAUGUGGUAUAGAGGUUUGUUGUGUUGUGGUGGCAGUAGCAAAUCUUCAUUUCUCUUCCUGAUAAUAAUGAUUCAGAUGUCUGUGUAUAUGGGCAGGAAGGCCAGCUAAGGAUAACAAUGUAGCUAUCUGUCAUCCUUCGUUGCCAUUCAUGGGACUGUCAUUCCUUCGUUGCCUUCAAAAUUUUCAUAUAGC